AUGAACUUGAACACGAGCAGUGAGGUGGAAACUCGCGCUAUGCUUGAUGACCUUUGCAACUUCGACAGAAAAGGACUAUUUGAUCUCGGCCAUCCUCUGGUUAACCGCAUCGCUGAAAGCUUCGUCAAAGCCGCCGGAAUCGGAGCCGUUCAAGCCGUUUCUCGUGAUGCUUAUUUCUCAGCCAUCGAUGGUACCAGGACCGAUAACAAUGGCGUUAAAGCUUCUUCAGAUGGUUCAGCCACCGGAAGACGCCGUUUGCCGGGACUUAGAGGAGAGACCAGUAGCAAAUCUCUUGAGGAUAUGGUGAUUAGCGCUGGGAAAGAGUCCUUACAAUGGGGAGUGGCUGCAGGAUUGUACUCAGGUCUAACAUAUGGGCUGAAGGAAGCUCGUGGAGCUCAUGACUGGAAAAACAGUGCAGUUGCUGGAGCAAUCACUGGGGCCACCCUUGCACUUACCACGGAAGACUCCACUCAUGAACAUGUUGUUCAAUGUGCUAUCACAGGAGCUGCAAUCUCCACUGCUGCAAAUCUUCUCACUGGGAUUUUCUAA